AUGUCUUCUGCAAAAUCCGUGAACGUUCCCCUUGCUGCCCACUUUGUGCUAAGUAAGGAUCAGUCUCCUAAGACCGAUUCUGAAAUUGAUUUGAUGAAAAAUGUGCCUUCUUCAAAUGCAAUUGGUUCUGUGAUGUCUCUCAUGGUUAGUACUAGGCCGGAUAUUGCAUAUGCGGUUAGUUGUUUGAGUAGGUACAUGUCUAAUCCGGAUAAUUGGAGAAUUCCCAUGGCGAGCUCCCUGAUUUCUUCUCCUUCUUUCCUGGGGACUCCUCUUCCUUCUCUUGCUCGCUAUGGCUUUGUACCUCACAACAGGCGCAUCAGCACGAAGGUGAGGUUCAGCCUCCACCACCUCCCGCCAAUCGAUCAUGGCGCGAUUGUCGAAAGAGCUGAGAGCUUGCUCUACACUUUGGCCGAUGCUGUCGUGGCUGUCGAUGGUGGCGCUUCUGUAUCUGACUCCGCCGCCACCGCUCAGAAAAGUGGGGGCUGGUUCGGGUUUAUUUCAGAAGCUAUGGAAGUUGUUUUGAAGGUACUCAAGGGUGGACUUGAAACUGUUCAUGUACCAUAUGCUUAUGGGUUUGCAAUAAUACUACUCACAGUUCUUGUUAAAGUUGCCACAUUCCCUUUGACCAAGCAACAGGUUGAAUCAACGUUAGCAAUGCAGAAUCUUCAACCAAUGUUAAAGGCUAUCCAACAAAGAUAUGCAGGAAAUAUGGAAAGAAUACAGCUCGAAACUUCUCGUCUAUACACACGGGCUGGGGUCAAUCCUUUAGCAGGAUGUCUCCCAACCUUGGCCACCAUACCAGUAUGGAUAGGUUUAUACCAAGCCCUUUCAAAUGUGGCGAAUGAGGGACUGCUAACUGAAGGAUUCUUCUGGAUUCCUUCUUUGGGGGGACCAACAACAAUUGCUGCUCGGCAAAGCGGAGCUGGAAUUUCCUGGCUAUUCCCUUUUGUGGAUGGCCAUCCACCCCUUGGUUGGCAUGAUACCACGGCAUAUCUUGUGUUACCUGUUCUUCUUGUUGUAUCACAGUACGUCUCUAUGGAAAUAAUGAAACCUCCACAAACAGAUGAUCCAGCUCAGAAGAACACGCUUCUUGUGUUGAAGUUUCUCCCUCUCAUGAUUGGCUACUUUUCUUUAUCAGUUCCAUCUGGAUUGUCGAUAUAUUGGUUCGUAAAUAAUGUGCUUAGCACAGCACAGCAGGUAUGGCUACGGAAAUUGGGUGGUGCAAAACCAGUUGUAAGUGAGAAUGCCAGUGGGAUUAUUACUGCUGGACGUGCAAAGCGAUCAGGUGUACUGGCAGAUCAGGCGGGUGAAAGAUUUAAACAGCUAAAGGAAGAAGAGAAUAAGAGUAAGAGUAAGGCACUGGCAGGGGAUGAUCUUCAGGCAUCAACUUCUGCUGAUUCCGAGUCUGAAGACGACAACACGGACAAUGAAACUGAACUGAAGGAAAAAGAUGUUCUUUCAGAGGCAUAUGCAUCUAGCAAUGGAAAACAGGUCCCUCCUGGGCCGAGGAGAAGUAAGAGGUCAAAGCGCAAGCGUGUUGUAUGA